UUAAACUCUCAUCACAAUCACAGCUUUUCUCCAGCAAUCUAAAUCCACCCUGGGCUCACUCAUAAGACUCACACUCCCCUCAUUCUCUCUCCACCAACACUCUCCAAAGUUCAAAGUGUGAAACACAAGAACCAAUCCCACAAAGAGAGAGAGAGAGAGAGAGAGAGAGAGAGAGAGAGAGAGAGAGAUGGGUGUUGCAACAGUGACAGAGUUGAAGCAGAGCAUAUCAGGGAAGAGAACAUUUAGGCCAAGUUUGAGCACCAGGCAUGCAAAUGAGUGGCCGCCGACCGAUGUGUCGAGUGAUCUCACAGUCGAAGUCGGAACAAUAAGUUUUCCUCUCCAUAAGUUCCCCCUGGUUUCGCGGAGCGGAAAGAUCAGAAAACUUCUUUACGAGGCGAAGGAUUCGAAGGUGACCCGAGUCAAUCUCCAAGGAACUCCGGGCGGGGCCGAGGCAUUCGAAUUGGCCGCGAAAUUCUGCUAUGGAGUGAGCAUAGACACCACACUUUCCAACGUCGCGAUGCUGAGAUGCGCGGCGCAUCACCUCCAGAUGACCGAGGAGUUCUCCGAGAAAAAUCUGGAGCUGCGAGCAGAGCUGUUUCUGAAGGAGACGGUCUUCCCGAGCAUCACGAACUCGAUAUCGGUCCUGCAUCAAUGCGAGACUCUCGUUCCGAUCGCCGAGGAGAUCAAUCUGGUCAGCAGGUUGAUCACAGUGAUCACUAACAAUGUGUGCAAAGAACAGCUGACCUGCGGGCUCUCGAAGCUCGAACCGAGCUUGCCUUCGAAGGCCGCGAUCGCCGCAGAGCAGGAACCGCCGCUGGACUGGUGGGGGAAGGCUCUCGCGGUCUUGAACUUGGAGUUCUUCCAGAGAGUCCUCUCGUCGGUGAAGUCGAAGGGCCUGAAGCAGGAUACUAUCAGUAGGAUCUUGAUCAACUACGCGCGGAACUCGCUGCAAUGUCUGAUGAUCAGAGAUGUCCAGUCGAACAAAGCAAGCUUUUCAGGUUGUGAGGCGUUGAAGAAGCAAAGAGCAAUCGUGGAGGCGAUAGUCGGCCUGCUGCCCGCGCAGUCGAGGAAGAGCCCCGUGCCGAUGGCUUUCCUUUCGGGCCUGCUGAAGACCGCGACGAUGGCCAACGCGUCGACGGUCUGCAAGACCGACUUGGAGAGGCGAAUCGGGCUGCAACUAGAGCAAGCCAUCCUCGAGGAUGUGUUGAUCCCUUCGAGCCCGCAAAACGGGCACCAUGCAUUGUACGAGACGGACGCGGUGGCGAGGAUCUUCUCGACCUUCUUGAACUUGGAUGAGGAGGAGGAGGAGGAGGAGGAGGAGGAGGAGAGAGCGCGGCUGAGGGAGCGCGGCAACGGUUGUUACGAUUUCGAGAGCCCGAGGUCUCCGAAGCAAAGCUUGAUUUUCAAGGUGUCCAAGCUCUUGGACAGCUACCUCGCGGAGAUCGCGCUCGACUCGAACUUACUGCCGGCAAAGUUCAUCUCUCUAGUGGAGGUAAUGCCCGAUCACGCGCGGGUCGUCACCGACGGGCUUUAUCGAGCUGUCGAUAUCUUCCUCAAGGUUCAUCCGAACGUCAAGGAAUCGGAGCGCUACCGCCUGUGCAAAACGAUCGACUGCCAGAAACUCUCGCAAGAAGCGUGCAGCCACGCCGCGCAGAACGAAAGACUGCCAGUCCAGACGGCAGUCCAAGUCCUCUACUUCGAGCAAAUCAGGCUCCGAAACGCAUUGAACGGCAGCCAAGAUCAGUUCUUCUUCGGCUCGGUGAACUGCCAGUACCCUCAGAGAUCGGGCAGCGGAGUCGGCAGCGGCGCCAUGUCUCCGCGGGACAACUACGCGUCGGUGAGAAGGGAGAACAGAGAGCUCAAGCUCGAGGUCGCGAGGAUGAGGAUGAGGCUCACUGAUCUGGAGAAGGAUCAUGUGUCAAUGAAGCAGGAGCUUGUUAGAGUGAACCCCGCAAACAAGUUACUGCGAUCUUUCACGAAAAAACUGGGCCAGCUGAAUCAACUGUUCAGGAUGAGGGAUGUUAAACCGCUGGGCGCGAAGGCUAAUGUCGAUCCCCGGUUCUUGUUUCAGAGGAGGAGGCGAUUCUCGAUCUAGCGAAGUUCGAUGAUAGUAGUGGUACUGUUUUAUUGUAUGUUGAGUGUACAAAUCUGUUUGUGUUCUUGAUUUUUAAGAUUAGUUUGAGUUAAGAGCUGUGUUUUGGGGGAAAUUGCUUUAUCUGUUUGCAGUACUACUAACAAGAGAUUGAGGAGUCA